AUGCGAGCCUUGAUGCUGGAAGAUCCCGGAACUCCCCCUCAACUGAUGGUGGUGGACCUGCCCGUGCCCCAACCCGGACCCGGGGAGGCCCUCGUGCGGGUGGCCGCCUGCGGAUUUUGCCAUCAUGACCUGCAGGUCAUGAACGGCACUCUCCGCCGCGGCGUCGCCCCCGGUGUGGUUCUCGGCCACGAGAUCUCUGGCGUCGUCGAGGAGGUCGGCGAGGGCGUGGACCUUGUCAGCCCCGGCGACCGCGUUGUAUCGCUGCUGACCAACGCCUGCGGGCAGUGCGACCGCUGUCGGUCGGGGCGUGAGCACCGCUGCCGGGACGGUGAGGGCAUCGGCCAUUGGCGCAAUGGCGGUUUCGCCGAGUACGUUGCUCUUUCCCAGCACAGCCUCGUGCCGCUGCCCGUUGCAGUGGAUUUGCCGACGGCAUCACUGCUCGCCUGCCCGGCCGGAGUCGCAUUGCAGGCCCUCAAUGCUGUCAACGUUUCUGCCGGCGAGACUGUCGUGGUAACCGGCGCUGGCGGCGGCCUCGGCGUUCACGCCGUGCAGCUCGCGGCAGCCUUGGGCGCGCGUACCCUGGCCGUAACCUCCACUUCCGGAAAGGCCACGGUACUCUACCGUUACGGUGCCGACGAUGUCAUCGAGAUGAAUGCGCCGGACUCGGGGCUGGAGUUUUCUGGAGUUGUCAUGGCGGUCACUGGCGACCUCGGAGCGGACGUGGUCAUCGACACUGUGGGCACCCCGACGCUCCGCUCGUCGGUACGCUGCCUUGGACAGUACGGGAGGUUGGCCGUGCUGGGCGAGGUUGGAGGUGAGGGUAGCCUACGCGGUAUCAUCCCCGAAAUCAUAUUCAGGGAUGCCCGCAUCACCGGUGUUUCCGGCGUCUCCCGCCAGACCCUUGAGCAGGUAAUCGCACUGGCUGCGGACGGCAGCCUGACGCCGGUACUGCAACGCCUCAUGGUUCUGGAGGAGGCGGCUCACGCGGCGGAAUUGCUCUCGGAACGCACCAUCCUGGGCCGCGUGGCCCUGGUGCCCCAAGCAGGGUAG